AUGUCAACCGCGGAUCAGCUAAUGGAUGAGCCGUUGAACGAGUCGGUGGUGACCAUCAGCGGCGCCGCCAAUGAAUCCAAGUAUGGCUUGGAAGCGAUCCUCCAGGACCUGGACAUCGAGAUCCAGUGCAAAGAACUCGCCUCCGAGUUGGUGUCCAGAGUGGAGACACUGGCGCUGGAGUCAGAAGUGGAGGCAUUGAGGCGCCGGUUGGCUCUCAAAGACAAAGAGCUCAUUGAUUUGGAGAACAAUCUGAUCGAGUCUUUCGCGCAAAGACUCUACUCUUCGGACCAAAGUAUGCGCGAAACGGAUCUCAUGUAUGAGUCGCACGUCGAGAGCCGACACCACAUGUCCGUCGACUCCCGACAACUGGACUCCGAGGCCAACGAUUUGAGACGUGAAUUGGCGCUCAAAGACAACGAGUUAUCCGAUUUGGCGGCGAUGUUGGCCUCGAAUCGAGAGCAGCUGUCGACGAGGAAGAGUUCAUAUGAGACAGCGAUCGCCGAACUCGAGAACCAAUUGGUGGUGAAUACGGAACAACUCAUCGACCAGAGGGUAACUCACGAGAGAGUGGUCUCUGAGAUGGAGAACCGGUUGGUCUCAGAGGCGACUGAUUUGAGGGAACAGUUGGCUCUCAAAGACAAGGAGACGAUCGAUGAGCGCAACCAUUAUAGGGAACAACUCGAAGACAUGAAGACCUUGGAAUCGGUGUCCAAAGCGGAGACACUGGCGCUCGAGACAGAAGUGGAGGAAUUGAAAAGUCGAUUGGCGCUCAAAGACAACAAGUUAUCCGAUUUGGCGGCGAUGUUGGCCUCGAAUCGGGAACAGCUGUCGACUCAGAAGAGUUCAUAUGAAACAGCGAUCGCCGAACUCGAGAACCAAUUGAUGGUAAACACGGAACAACUCAUCGACGAGAGGGUGACUCACGAGAGAGUGGUCUCAGAGGCGACUGAUUUGAGGGAACAGUUGGCCGCCAAAGACGGCGAGUUGUCCUCAAAUCUGGAACAGCUGUCGACUCUUAAGACUUCUUAUGAGAUAAUGAUCGCCGAACUCGAGAACAAAUUGAUGGUAAAUAAGGAACAACUCAUUGACGAGAGGGUGACUCACGAGAGAGUGGUCUCUGAGAUGGAGAGCCGGUUGGUCUCAGAGGCGACUGAUUUGAGAGAACAGUUGGCCGCCAAAGACGGCGAGUUGUCCUCAAAUCUGGAACAGAUGUCGACUCUUAAGACUUCUUAUGAGACAAUGAUCGCCGAACUCGAGAGCAAAUUGAUGGCAAAUACGGAACAACUCGAGAACCAGAAGAUUACUCUCGAGAGAGCCAUCUCUGAGAUGGAGAACCGAUUGGUCUCAGAGGCGACUGAUUUGCGUCAACAGUUGGCUCUCAAAGACAAUGAGUUAUCGGAUUUGGUGGCGAAUUUGGCCUCAAAUCAGGAACAGAUGUCGACUCUUAAGACUUCUUAUGAGACAGCGAUCGCCGAACUCGAGAACAAAUUGAUGGCAAAUGCGGAACAACUCAUCGACGAGAGGGUGACUCACGAGAGAGUGGUCUUUGAGAUGGAGAACCGGUUGGUCUCAGAGGCGACUGAUUUGAGGGAACAGUUGGCCGCCAAAGACGGCGAGUUGUCCUCAAAUCUGGAACAGAUGUCGACUCUUAAGACUUCUUAUGAGACAGCGGUCGCCGAACUCGAAAACAAAUUGAUGGCAAAUACGGAACAACUCAUCGACGAGAGGGUGACUCACGAGAGAGUGGUCUCUGAGAUGGAGAACCGGUUGGUCUCAGAGGCGACUGAUUUGAGGGAACAGUUGGCCGCCAAAGACAAUGAGUUAUCGGAUUUGGCGGUGAAGUUGGCCUCAAAUCUGGAACAGCUGUCGACUCUUAAGACUUCUUAUGAGACAAUGAUCGCCGAACUCGAGAACCAAUUGAUGGUAAAUAAGGAACAGCUCGAGAACCAGAAGAUAUGUCACGAGAGAGCCAUCUCUAAGAUGGAGAACCGAUUGGUCUCAGAGGCGACUGAUUUGAGGGAACAGUUGGCUCUUAAAGACAAAGAGACGAUUGAUGUGCGCAACCAUUAUAGGGAACAACUCGAAGACCAAAAGUUUAACUUCGAGGAGAAGAUCGUCGAAUUGGAGACUAAACUCGAGUGCAAAGAGUUGGAGACAGAGAUCGAGACACUGAAGCAGACAUUAGCCGCGAAAGAGACUGAACUGAAAGCCGUUUCGGAACCUCUGGAAGCGCUGGAGUCGGAGCUGAACGCCACGAAACAGGGCUACGACGGACUCGUGUCGAAGUUGUCGUCGUUGGAGACUAUAAACUUGAAUCUCAAGACGGAACUGGAGUUUCUCACGCAACAGGCGACCAAAUCGCGCGAUUUGGAGAAAAAGAUACAGGAGUUCGAGGAGCAGAAGCGCCUGAAGGGCCGCAACUUCGAGCUGAUCCUCAAUCAGGCGAAAGUCUGGGAGAAGAAGUUGUUGACCGUCGAGGCGGACAAAGAGUCGCUGGAGACCAGACUCCAAGACAUUCAGACGGAGAACCAGAAGCUAAACGACGAGCUGACGGUAUAUCUCGAUCGGUGUCGUGAGACCCGAUCGGAGCUUAAGAGCGAGAAAAUGAAAAGCGAUUCAAUGCUGAGUCAGUGGCGGUAUUAUAGGGUUCAGCAUAAGAAGAUCCGCAGAGACAUGAAGCGGAUCUGCGGUGACAUCGACGGCAUUCUUCAGGAGUCGACUGACGCGUGCGAUUUGAAACAGUUUAUGGUAUCGCUUAAGAAAAAAUUCAGUGGCGAAGAGAGCGAUGACGAGGAGGAGGAGAACGAAGAGAUUUGCGACAAAACGAGAGCCAAUGCCAGGAGUGAUAGGAAACAGCCGUUGGGCUCAUCUAAUCACCAAUAGUUUGGACACAAAUCUGUGUAUUUUUUGUUGACCAGUAAUUCGCGACAUUAUUGUCUAUUAUUAGGAAAUCAU